UCAAGUCGUGUCCCUCAAGGCUCUACCAUCCUACUGACCGGGGCCUCUGGCUUCGUCGGCUCUUCGAUUGCGCAGGAGCUGCUGGAAGCUGGCUACAAAGUGCGAGGCGCCGGUCGCGAUCCCAGCCGGUUCCAGGAGCUCCAGGCCAAGUUCGACCGGACGUACGGCAAGGACCGUUUCCAGGUCGUUCAGAUCAGAGAUUACCGCGACACGGCGGCAAUGGCCGCGGCAGUCCAGGGUGUCGCCGGAGUCAUCCAUACCGCAAAUGACUCUUCUUGGGGCACGGACUUUGACGAGGUUGUGAGAUUUGCCGUUGCCGCAGCGGUCGGUCUGAUGAAAGUGGCUGCCAAGGAGAGCAGCGUCAAGAGUUUUGUAUACACCUCCUCUCGCGUGGCCGCCUUCAACUACGCCGGCGAACCAAUCAGAGCGACGGAGGACUCCUGGCUCAACGAAGUGGCACCAAUGGCCCAAGCCGUCCCUUCGGAUCACCCCAUGAAGGCCAUCCUCGUCUACGCAUCCAGCAAAGUCGAAGCGGAGAAAGCGGCCUGGAAGUGGUACCAGGACGCAAAGCCCGGCUACACCUUCAAUGCUGUCCUCCCCGACUAUGUCAUGGGCAAGGUGGUGAACCCUCGUGCGGGCGUUUACACGACCAACACUUUCCUCAACGAGUUCUACAAUGGCAACUACAGCGAGGAAACGGAAUUCUACAAGUUCACCACGCCACCGUCGAUGUUUGUCGACGUUCUCGACGUCGCCAAGGCCCACGUCAUCGCCCUCGUCGGCGAGGAAGUCAAGAACGAGCGCAUCUUUGCCAUGACGGGGACCUUUUCCGUGGCCGAUAUCGCAGAUGCCAUUCAUGCGGUGCAGCCCCAUCACAGGCUGCCCGAC